GAUCUCUGUACUGCGGUCUUUCCACCUCCUCUCAGGGAGCCAACAACACCUGGAGAGUGAAAUCAAACCGGCUGCUCGGGGUCGAGAGACCGAGUUGUUGGCCGCUGCGCCUUUAAGGCUGCAUGUGGUCUACAUCUCGCUGCUCCCAUGGCAGGCUGUGUAGGUGCACGCUUUCAAAGUUUGACUGGGGAAUAAGGGGGUAACACCGGAGACACGGCAGCAGCAGCGGCAGCAGCAACCCCGCCGGGAAACCGACACAAGGAAACCGUCUUCUUCCGCAGCUCGCCUGGGAGUGUCCGACUCCGGCGAUAAGAACAAUGAGAGAGAUGGCUGAGCGCAUUUUUUGAUUUAUAAAUGGGAAACGCAAGAAGGUUAAUGUAGCACAGUGUUUGCUGAAAGAAGGGACACCCCGGCUGCAGCCCACCUCCCCCUCAGCCAUGCCGCUUGUAUUCCGCACGCUGCUGUUCGGCUUUGUAACGCUGCUGGUUGUGGUUUUGAUAAUUGAUGAUAUUGCAGAAGUGGAGAAAGAAACUGCAAAUACUGGACAUUCAAAGAAGAUGAACUUUCAUCGGCUCAUCCCUAAACCGCACAGAAAGGCUGCAGCGCACGUGGAUUCGACUGCUUUGGCACGAUCGAGCAAAGACGUGAAUCAUCUCAGUCCGAGCUACAACACCGUCAAGCUCUCGUCAAACGACUGGACCUUCAACAAGACGCUCUCCAACCUCAUCAGAAAGAAUAUUCUGCGGUUUCUCGAUCCAGAGAGGGACAUCUCUAUUCUGAAGGGCACACUGAAGCCGGGAGAUAUCAUCCACUAUGUGUUUGAUCGCCACAGCACCACCAACAUCUCAGAGAAUCUCUACCGCCUUUUGCCAACGAUAUCCCCCAUGAAGAACCAACAUCACAGGCGCUGCGCCAUAGUGGGGAACUCUGGGAUUCUGCUAAACAGCAGCUGCGGACCCGACAUCGACUCUCACGACUUUGUUAUCAGGUGUAACCUGGCACCAGUGGAGGAGUACUCUCGGGACGUAGGCUGGCGGACAAACUUGGUGACCAUGAACCCUUCGGUGGUGCAGCGGGCCUUCCAGGACCUGGUCAGUGAAGAGUGGAGGGACCGCUUCCUGCAGCGGCUUCAAAGCCUCAGCGGCAGCGUGCUGUGGAUCCCGGCCUUCAUGGCCAAGGGGGGAGAGGAGCGCGUGGAGUGGGCCCUUCGUCUCAUCCUGUUACACACUGUGGACGUUCGCACCGCCUUCCCCUCGCUGCGCCUUCUCCACGCUGUCAGAGGGUAUUGGCUAACCAACAACGUCCACAUAAAGCGUCCGACCACUGGGCUCCUGAUGUACACGAUGGCCACUCGGUUCUGUGAAGAGAUCCAUCUUUACGGCUUCUGGCCCUUCCCACUCGACCCGCAGGGCAAACCGGUCAAAUACCACUACUACGACGCUCUGAAGUACGAGUACACGUCCAGCUCCAGCCCUCACACCAUGCCUUUGGAGUUCAGGACCCUCAGCGCGUUGCACAGACAGGGGGCGCUCCAGCUCCACACUGGGACCUGUGAGUCAGAGAGGAGACCACAGAAGGAGCUGCGGAGCAAAUAGCUCAAAGGAUCUCCGUGGAAAACACUUUGAGCGGACUCCGUACAAACUGUUUUCUCGUAACCGUACUUUUAUGAAAUUUGAAUUAACUUAUUUUCAUUCGUGGAAUGAAUUUUUUUCUAUUUCAAGCUCUUUUAGUGACUUCUUUCACUGGUGUGUUUUAACUUUAAUGAGAUUUCUAUGGCAGCCUUUAAAAUAAUGAGAGCCUUUUCUACCAGUGUCCAUGGAGAUACUGUCAUCCGUUAGCCCCUUAUUUUUCUUAAACAGACCGCUUUUAAAAGGGCAUCACGUUUUCCAGUAUGGUUAUAAAUUAAGCAAUCAGAACAUAUUUUUAGAUGCCAUUUAUUAAUGAUGAACAGGGCUCCAUUGCAGGUGUGUUGUAACUUACCCAGCAUGUCAGCGUCACGAGGAGCUGCUGAAUUAUUGGCUCCUGUGAGACACUUUUUGGGCCACAAGAUGGAAGCACUUAAUAAUCAGGGAGAUCAAUGACGACAGAGAAAUUGUUGGUCAACUGUUUAAUAUGAUGUUGAACUUGUGAUGACAAAACUUUCCUCUGAUAGAGAACAUUUUGUGCUUUUGUAGCUUCCUAUAAAGUCGCUGGUGUAAAACAGGUUAUUCAUAAGCAAAGAAUUCCCAAAGUCAAGUCAAGCAGAGCUGCCAGGUGAUAACGUUGGAGAUAUACCCUGAGAGCCGAAUGGAGACACGUUGCAUUGUAUCGAGCUUCUGUGAGCAUAACGAAGGAGUGUACCAGCUGUUCACAUAAGAAUGUUUGCACAGACGUAGGCGGCGGUAAACUCACUCUGUGAACUUCUCUCAACGAACACCAGCCUUGUUUCUGCACCGCAAAUGUUGGUAGUGAGAACUUAGCUUUUUUUUUUUUUUUUUUUUAAAUGAAUGUAUUGGUGAUAUUCUUACAAAUGCUGUAAGAAAUGAACCUCAUAAUGUGCUUUAAAUAAAUGAAUAGUUAAAGUUAGCAGCAGUGCAAUAACACUGAGGAGUACAAACUGAUAACGUGUAUGCCUUUAUCCAUUUAAAAUGAUGUAUGAAUUGUACUUGUGUAGAGGGUUUGGGUUAGUAUUUCAACCAAUAUAGGUUGAUAUAGAUAUUUGUGGAUUUUGAUUGAAGUUGCCAGUAUUUUAUGCCUGUAGUAAUAAUAAUCAAUAAAUUAGACCAUUGGACCAUU